AUGCGGUUUGCUUUGGAAACCACAGACAUCACACAUAUCACAUUGGCGCUUAUCUCCUUAGACCCCAACUCCCAAAGACCGACGGUGCUGUUGGUGUUUCCCCCCCGAGGAAAGGAUGAGACUCGUGCCGCACUGGAUACACUCAGCGACUUCUUCAUCUGCGCACCAUCAACAUCAAGGCCCAUAUUCUCAAUCAGCAGCCUCAAAAUGUUCUUUGCUAGAGUCUUCCUUCCUAUCGCCGCCAUCAUGGCAUCUAUUCUCGCUGCUCCAGUCCAGCCCAAGGCAGACCUCGAACCCAGGUUCAUCUACGCGAGCCCUUCCAUUGCCUCAUUCGGCGACGAGGGCCCGGUUGAAGAUGCUACGACAGAUGCCUCGACUGCUUGUGUUGAAUGCUUCUGA